GCGAGGCGGCCGCUGCCGCUGCCGCUCCCGCACCACCAUGGGCCCCAAGCGGUCCAAGUCCGAUCGGGAGUCGCUGGUGCCCGGCCUGCCGAGCUGGGAGCCCGCGCUGGUGUCCGCCCGCCUCGAGGAGGAUUCCUGGAAGCCUAACAUCACUUUCAUUAUUGGGACCAAGAUUGAGGAUGAAAUCCACACCCAGGCCCUGGCUGUUGCUGUGCAGGUGCCAUUGCGAAAGCUCUUCAGUGCGAUAACGCGUGAAGACAUUUACAGACAGAUCGCAGAAUCUGGGGGUCAAAAGGGAAAAAAGGCUAAGGAUGCACCUAUGUACUAUGAGGUAAUGGAAUUAGCCAAAGCCUUUCUGGAGCAGGGUGAAGAAAUUCCUGUAACACUAACUGGAAAGCUGUUGAAAUUUCAAUUGCUUUGUCUCAAACAGAAGGACCUUCAGAGAAGAGAAGAGGAAAAGGAGGCAGAACAGCAGCAAAAAGAGAAAGAAAAAGAAAAAACGAAACUUCCUGAAAAGACAUCUGGAAAAGAUAGUAAAGGAAAAAAGUCAGUGGCACCACCCCCUGUUAAAAAGGACACCAAAUUGAAACAACGGGGAGAAGUGGAAGUGAAAGACAAGUACAUUGAUGAUGAACCAGAUGAUGGUGCUCAUCAUUACUUUAUCAUUCUGGGUUUCUCCAAUCUUCAAUUGUUGCCUGUUUUGUCUGACCUUGGGAUUAACAUUUCAAGUGUAAUUCAAAUUUCUUCUGAAAAUUACAAGCCAUUGCGGAUGUACUUAGAAGCAACUAAACUUAAAAGACAGUCUUCAAUUUCACGUGAAGAUGUAGAAGCAGAGAAAAGAAAGGAAGAUGAAGCUAACAAAGACCUGGAAACAUUUUGGAAAUUCCUGGAACCUGUUCUGAACAGUGGAAGGCAUGGAUCAAGUCUCUUUGAUGUUGCCAGGCUUCAUUACCUAGUUAAGGAAAGUGACUUUCCCCCUGAUUGGUCAGACAGUGAAAUGCUGCUUGAAUUUGGUACUGUGCUGUUUGAACACAUUGCUUGUUUGAUGUAUGACUGCCUGGACUGGAGAAGACAGCAUUGCAACUACUUGGAAAACACCAAACUUAUUAAUGUGCCUAUGUUAUCAGAGAGCAAAUCAACACAAUCUUCUGCAGUUGAGGAACAUCCAGCACCAGCAUCACAGAUAACACCUGCGAAAAAAAAAGGGAAACCAGAAGAAAUUCUGCCAACAGCAGUUUUGUCAGAGGCAUCUGAAGAAACUUAUAUUCUGUUUCCUUCUGUGGACAUGAGGUAUUACAAUGACUUGCUGAGUCAAAUUCCUGAGGAGUUCUUUUCUGUACCCUUAAUGCUGAGCUGCAUGUUGGAACAGGUUAUUGCAAGUGAAGAAUACCUUACACCACCAAGUCUGGUAGCAUCAGAGGCUCAGGCAGAUGGGAUGCAUCAUGCCAUUGCAGAUCAUAUAAUCUCUGUCCUUCCUUCUCUUUCACUUCCUAUGAGUGAAAAAAAGAAUCUAUAUGACUACUUUUCUCCUAAAUACAGUGAAAAAGAGACUGUCACCCCCCAGUACCCUCUCUUAUUUAACUACCAUGAUGCCCUGUCUCAGCGGUUACACCUGCUGAAGGUCCAGGAGAACUUAAAUCCAGAAAAGAUUGAGCGUGAAAUGAUGGAUAAACUACCUCUUACAGAACUUACCCAUUUCACCCCUCCUUCAACUGAAAACAACACUAAACGCUUGGCCAGAGCUCAUGAGCUCAUGCAUUAUUGUCCUACUGAACUUCUGAGUUGGACUGAGGUAGAAAGAGCCUUCAGAGUGUUUACUUUUGAAAGCCUGAAGCUGACUGGGCUGAGUGACUCUGGUUUUCUGGAGAGCUCUGGAUCUAGGGUUGGAGGUGAUUCUGAAGUGUCUUAUAUCCCUUGGGAUGAUCCAGACAUGUUUGCAAGACGGCUGAGACAACUGUUUCUUAUGGAAAAGAAGCUUAAUGGGAAAUCUACAAGAGGCUCUGGGCAUGCAGAAGCAAGUGACGAAGAUGAAGGAGAUGCUGUGGUGAAUCUGGAAAAUUAUGGCUUAGGACCAAGUUUAGAAGAAAUAAAAAAGACACAGAGGCGUUGCUUGACAGACUGGAGUUUGGAAGAGCAUUUUCAACCGCAUGUUCUUUGUCAGGUUCUUCAUACAGCAUCCCAAGAAUAUAGAUGUAUUGAUUCCUUUUAUCAUACCCAAGAUAACUCUUUACUAAUGGUUUUUCACAAUCCUAUGAAUCAACAUCGUCUGUGCCAAGAGACUUGGAAUAUUGCUCUGCACUCUAAUGUUGGGUUCAGGAACUAUCUUGAGCUGGUGGCCAGCUCAAUUGAAGACUGGGUGAAAGAGGAAGAAGCUAAAUACCAAAAAGAGAAGAUGGGCAGCAUGUCUGCACCUGAGAAUGUAACAGAGUCCCAACCCAAGAAUGAAGAAAGUCUCAUUAUCAGAGAAGAUUCUCUAAAGGCUUGGAAGAUGGAGCAGGACCAAUUACAAGAGGAACAAAAAAAAGAAAAGGAAGAAAAACAAGAAAAGGAAGAAAAAUUGCCAAGUAAAAAGAAAGAACUGGAUGGAAACAAUAAAGAAUGUAGACAAUCAAACAGGAAGCCUUCUGAAGAGAAGUCUCAAAAUGAGUUAGCAAAAACCCCUGAACUUGAGGAGGAUCAUAGCAUUUCAGAACCAUGUUCUGAGAAAGUUUAUAAGUUUCAUGGCUACAAUACAGGAGAGGAUAUAAUUCAAGUAUCAGGUAGCAAUCAAUAUCUUUUCCCAGCUGAUGGAGGACAGAUUCAAGUAGAGAAGACAAAGUUUGUAAAAAAAACUUUUAUAAAGGUGAAAGUAGUGAAAGACAACCACAAUUUCUUCAUUCAUGUCACAGACCCCAAGGAAAACUUCAAAGAAGCUAAAGAGCAAGAAAUUAAUGACGAACAGCAAAUUAGAUCAGGAGAAUUGAAAAAUCAAAAGAAAGCUGUGAGCAAAUUUGGAUCUUUUUCAGCCACCUUGGAAAAUGGAAUCCAGCUGUCCCUGAGCUAUUAUGGACCUACAGGGGAGGUAGCAGAUGAUGAAACACGUCUUGUCUUAGCAAGAAUUUUGAACAUCCCUUCUGUUCAUCUUCCGACUGUAAUUCCGACAACAGUUGCUGCUAUUACACCAGCUCUGGGGAAAAAAGAUAAGUCUGACACAAAAAAAUCAGGAAAAGCUUUUGGCAAAGGAAGCCGUGGCAAAUUAGCUCCUUCAUCACCUGAUGACCUGGUACAGCAAGAAGAAGACAAGAUGGAAAUGGAAGAACCAAUUCCCCAAACACGAGAGAUGUCAGAUGCUCCUGCUUUUCCGAGUUUGAAUGUCUCCUGUCCCAAUGGACUUGUAUUAACUUUCCUUGGUGAAAGGUUUCAAGAUUUGAAAGGUGAAGCCACUGCCACAGAAGCAGAAAAAGAGAUGGUAGAGGAAAGUGAGGCCAAAACAGAUGGAGAGAAGGAAGAGGUUAUGAAAAGUGGAGAGGAAGAACAUCAGGUUACAGAAGGUGAAAUAAAGCACAAAGACACCAAAAGUGAACAGGCUGAGCGGCCUACUCUGAAAAUUCUGGUUAGACAAAGUUAUCCCCAAAAGGUGAAGAACUCUCACCUUUACUCACUUCCAGCAAGGCAGACAGAACAAGAGGUGUCAAGAGUCAUCACUAGUCAUGGAACUGUCAUAAAAUACCUAAUGGAUGGAUCUACACAGAUUCUGUUUGCUGAUGGCACAGUGAGUAGGAGCCCUGAUUCUGGUCCUGUCCUACCACCACCAACAAUUCCAGAUAAAAUUCAACGCUUGUCAGAAUCAGAGCUUUUACAUGAAACCAGCACUAAGAAAGGAAAAGGCAGUGACAAGAACAUUCCAUUAUACUCACCCAAGGAUGAGGAGAUUGAAAAGGCCAGUUCUGUGCAACCUAAGGCAGGAACGUGGAUAACAACAACUCCAUUAGGCAUCCAAGUGGGCACAGAGGGUCCAGCAAGAAUGGAUCUGAAGCCACUUUUAAUGUACCAGGCCACAAACCCAUCUGAUGGAACGAUUAUGACUGUACGAGAAGAUGAAGUGAUAAUUGUUGAGAAGCCGGGUGGUAACAGAGUAGUAGAGCAUGCUGAUGGUACCAGGAUCACAACUUUCUAUGAAAAAUGUGAAGACCUUACUGUACCAGAGGGUCGUGGAGAAACAGAAGCCACCACAAAGAAGCUCAAAGGUACACAAGUAGAAAAUCCUGAGUUUGCUACUGUUAUAACAAAUUGUGAGGAUGGUACCUGUUGUACUAUCUUUGGAGAUGGGACAUCUAUUCUAGCAAAGCCACAAGGAACAUAUCAGGUUUUACCUAGCAAGGGAGGCUUUCUUUUCUUUGAUGAAGAUUGCUCAGCAGUUUAUAGCCAUGAAGUUUAUGAUUUCAUCAGCAAGGAAGAAGAGAAACAAGCAGGGAGAUACAUUAUGAAACACACUUCCAGCACUAUUUGUGAGAUGAUGGAUCCUAAAGGAAAUACUUUCAAGGUCCUGGCUGAUGGCAGCACAGAUGUGUGCAUUCGCAGCAUUGGCUCUGAUGGCAAGGAGGACGCAAGUUCAGCAGGAGAUGAGGUUAACAAACCAACCUCUUACGAUGAGCAUGCCCCCAGGUUUUUCAUCAUCUCUGCGGAUGGAUCUGGAACAGAGCUCCUGCGAAAAAAGGAUGUCCACAAGUAUGUGUCUGAGGCCCGCAGUGAUCCUGCCACUGUAGUCUUGCAGGAUCCUGUACAAGAACAACCAGGUAUUUUAAGUAUUACUAUCCUCCACCCUAUGGCUGAAGCAUCCCCCUGGGUAAUGAAGAAAGAACCAGAGAGCAUUGUUCCUCCAUAUCUUCAAUCAGGGACUCAGGAAGAAUCUUUUCCUCCUGAGGGGGAGAUCACGGGUGCCGCAGCUGGAAGGUGUGUUUGGAAGGGUCUCAGCAUUGGAUCAGCACAUUUGCCCAUGCCAGGCCCUGUGCAAAAAUGUCCCAAAAAACUGCAAAUCCGCCAGCUAUUCCAAUAUAAGCCACUCUGUGAUAAACUAAGAGAAAAACUGCAGCUUUCCCUCAAGGAGUAUAUAGACAACAUCUUAAAGCGGGAAAACAAGCUGGAAGAGAUGAAUGUGAAAGAACCAAGAACGGAAGAGGAAAAGGAGAAUGCUGCAAGUCUCCUUGAACUAAUUAUAUCCUUCCCUGACUGGGAGAAGUCAACUGAAAAGCUCAAUGAUAGAGCACUGCUUGGCAGAGCAUGCCCAUUCAGUAAUACCCUUCACCUUGCAGCCCAUGUGAGUGAGCUGUAUGAACAGGCAGUGGCUCCUCCUGCCCAGGGUCACACAGAGAAGACAAGCACUGCACAAAGAGAAGACCAGCAGCAGAGUCCAGAAGGAGUAACAUCCAAGUGGCAAAGCAAACUGGAACAGAACAGGAAAGAACUGGAUGAACAGAAGACUACAUUUAUGGCAAUAAAAAACAGAAUAUUUGCUCCAUAUUUUGAAUCUGAAUUUAGCAAAGACUUUUUCCAAGAAAAGUUUCCUGAUUUGGAAGCAAUGUCUAAGGAACUUCCUCCACUUCAAAAAGAAGAAAGUGUGACUUCCCCUCUGUGGACGUUAAGAAAACCCAGUGGAGCAGCUGAAUUUGAUACCACAAGUGAUUCAUCACUUUCAUCUGGCCUUCCGCUGCAGGAUCCUUCCAAAGAAGAUGAUGGUUCCAGCAGCACACCAGACCUCAGCACUGCAGUAAGAGAAGAAGAAACACCCUUUCAACAUAAUGUUCCAAGUCUGAUGGUGGAUGUUACAGGACAGACUAGAAAAAAGAAAGUAGUAUUACCAUCAUGCCUUCAGGGGAAAAAACUAAACACCAUACCAAAUAAAAAGAUAGAAGAUCCUGCAUCAGGAAAGCUCAGCACAUCUUCUCUUGCAACAAGACAGGAUCUUACUGGCUUCCAUCUCAACCCAUCCACGGUGACAUUUGGAGUGCUAAAGGAAGGCUGCACCUAUGCAACUACUGUAAUCAUGAAGAAUGUUGGUGUCAACUUCUCAAGGUUUCGAGUGAAGCAGCCACCUCCACACACAGGACUGAGAGUGAUGUACACACCAAGACCUGUGGCAGCAGGCUUGCAGGUUGAACUGGAGAUAGAGAUUUUUGCCAUGCUGAUUGGAGGGAAAGACACUGGUGGCCUUGAAGAAGUUUCCCAUGAUAUUGAAAUAUUAACAGAAACUGAAACUCUUCUUCUGCCUGUGAAAGCAACUGUGUUAUCCAGUGACGUUUAUGAGUGCCGCCCAGAAGGAUACCCCCAGGGAGGGAUGGCAGCAGCAGUUCAGGCAGUUCCUACAAGCCCCAAGCCACAGUUACGGAUUACACUCCCAUGGAAGCCUUGCAGUUAGUGUCAGAACACCAGAAGAACAACAUCAAGAUCAGCAAAACUGAAAUACCUAGAUUUUAGUCCAACCUUAUGGAAACAUCCAAUGUAAUUUUUUCAUUUAUUUAAUCAGCUAAAUGAGAAUAAAUUUUUUCCCCUAUUUUGCCUUAA